AUGGCUUCCCUCUCCGACAGAGCCGCUGAUAACCAUGAAAAACUUCAUGACUCGGAGGCCUCCUCUUCCACCCACACGGAUGCAUACAUUGAUCCGGCAACCGAGAAGGCCCUGGAGCAGCAUCAGCAGAAAAUCCAUGUGCCUCCGUCAGCCCCAACUGCCGGAACCACGCUCCACCAAGUGGAAAACACCGCAUCCGAGAAGAUAGAGCUGACUGAGAACGAAUGCUACGAUCAACUAGGAUAUUCCUUUCCCAACUGGAGGAAGUGGAUGAUCAUUUCGGUCAUUUUUCUGGUCCAGACGUCAAUGAAUUUCAACACCAGUUUGUACUCCAAUGCCCUUAGUGGCAUAUCUGAGGAGUUCGGCGUCAGUAUGCAAGCUGCUCGCUGUGGUGCCAUGAUUUUCUUGGUUUUGUAUGCCUUUGGUUGCGAGUUGUGGGCUCCGUGGAGUGAGGAGCUUGGUCGGAAGCCGAUCUUGCAGCUGAGUUUGUUCCUUGUGAAUAUCUGGCAACUUCCCGUUGCUCUCGCGCCCAAUUUUGCCACCAUCAUGGUGGGACGUGCACUUGGAGGCCUCAGUUCUGCUGGUGGCUCGGUCACCCUGGGUAUGAUCGCGGAUCUCUGGGAAGCAGAUGACCAGCAAUACGCGGUCGCCUGUGUGGUUUUCUCCUCAGUUGGUGGAUCAGUGGUUGGUCCUGUCGUUGGAGGAUUUGUCGAGGCCUAUCUUCCGUGGCGCUGGAACAUCUGGAUUCAACUCAUCUUUGGAGGUUUUGUUCAAGUGGCACACUUCCUUCUGGUUCCCGAGACAAGGACCACGAUCAUGAUGGACAAGAUCGCGAAAAAGAAGAGAGAGAGUGGAGAGAACCCCAACAUCUACGGACCCAACGAGCUCGUUUCAUUCAGGGAUCGCUUCUCGAUGCGCGAGGUUCUCGUGACUUGGGUUCGCCCAUUCAAGAUGUUUUUGACCGAACCCAUCGUUCUGACCCUAUCGCUGCUGAGCGGCUUCAGUGACGCCCUGAUCUUCAUGUUCAUCCAAUCAUUCAGUCUGGUAUACAAGCAGUGGGGCUUUGACACUGUGACUCAGGGCUUGUCAUUCCUUCCAAUCCUGGUGGGAUAUUUUAUCGCAUGGGCAUCAUUUAUCCCCGUCAUCAGAAGGAAUAUCGCAGAGCGCCGCAUGAAGCCCGACAACGAACGGGCUCAGUAUGAAUCGCGACUCUGGUGGUUGCUUUACACUGCUCCUUGCCUACCUAUUGGCCUCAUUGGCUUUGCAUGGACUAGCCUGGGCCCUCCAGUCCACUGGAUCGGAAGCAUGGUCUUUUCCGCCAUUGUCGGUAUUGCCAACUACAGCAUCUAUAUGGCUACAAUCGACUACAUGAUCUGUGCGUACGGACCAUACUCGGCCUCUGCGACGGGUGGUAACGGGUGGUCGCGAGACUUCCUGGCUGGUGUGCUUACCAUCCCUGCCACACCCUUUUUCACAAACAUCGGCGGCAAAUACCAUUUGGAAUAUGCUUCCACCAUCCUAUUUUGCAUCUCCUUCCUCCUCGUUAUUGCUGUGUAUGUCAUCUACUGGUACGGACCAACGCUUCGCAAGCGUUCGCCAUUUGCCCAGCAAUUGUCCGAUGCGAGAGUGGAACUAGAGACCAACGGUCGCCGGCUCUCGAAGAUCCCCUCCCACUCGAGGGCGAAUUCCUUCGCGCGUUCGCAGCAGAACUUGCGUGUUCGGCAGACCAUGGGAAGCCGUCCCGGAAGUUAUGUCGCAUCCCGCCCAGCUUCGAACGUCAACUCCCGAGCCAACUCGCGCAGAAACAGCCUCACUCACUGA